AGUUCUCGCUGCUGGACCGGAAACAGGCCUGAGUGCACCCCUAGGCGGCGGGCGCGCGGCGGGUCCUUCCCCUCACCGCGGGGAGGGAGCCGAGAGCGGGGAUCCCCGGCGGCCGAAUCCGGAGUGGUUUAGGACCCGGGGGCGGGCUUCCCUGCGCGUCCGUGGGACUCAGAAGUUGCGGCCCCGGACGGCGGCGGUGACUGUCAGCCCGACUCCCCGCCGCACCCGCCGACUCGCGCCGGCCAUGAAGGGCUCCCUGUUCAAGGAGAACUUUUGGAGCACGGACAUCCUCAGCACCGUCGGCUACGACAGCAUCAUCCAGCAUCUGAACAACGGCCGGAAGAACUGCAAGGAGUUUGAAGACUUUUUAAAAGAAAGGGCAGCAAUUGAAGAGAAAUAUGGCAAAGACCUGCUCAGCCUCUCCAGGAAGAAGCCAUGUGGACAGUCUGAGAUCAAUACCCUGAAGCGGGCCCUUGAAGUCUUCAAGCAGCAAGUAGACAGUGUGGCUCAAUGUCAUAUUCACCUUGCACAGACACUAAGAGAAGAGGCCAGAAAGAUGGAAGAAUUCAGGGAAAAGCAAAAGAAGCUGCAAACGGAAAAAGAGCUUGUAAUGGAUGCUGCCCAUAAGCAAAAGAGCUUACAAUUCAAGAAAACCAUGGACGCAAAGAAGAACUAUGAGCAGAAAUGCCGGGACAAAGAUGAAGCAGAGCAGGCUGUCCACCGGAGUGCCAACCUAGUAAAUCCGAAACAACAAGAAAAGCUUUUUGUGAAACUGGCAACUUCAAAGACUGCAGUAGAGGACUCUGAUAAAGCCUACAUGUUGCACGUCAACACACUGGAUAGAGUCAGAGAAGAAUGGCAGAGUGAACACAUCAAGGCCUGCGAGGUGUUUGAAGUUCAAGAAUGUGAACGAAUAAACUUCUUCCGAAAUGCAUUGUGGUUACACGUGAAUCAGCUGUCACAACAAUGUGUCACAAGCGAUGAUAUAUAUGAAAAAGUCCGUAAGAGUUUAGAAAUGUGCAGCAUUGAGAAGGACAUUGAGUACUUUGUGAAUGAACGCAAAACUGGACAGAGUCCACCAGCACCAAUCAUGUAUGAGAAUUUCUACUGCCCCCAGAGGAAUGCAGCCCCACCAGGAAAGGCCGCGGGGCCUAACUUGGCAAGGAGAGGACCUCUCCCAAUUCCUAAAGAUUUAUCAGAUAACUCUGAUUAUUCUUCAGUGGGUGACUAUACUUUGAUCUAUCAAUAGCAUUAAUGAAAAUAAAGCUUUUUCAUCUCUAGCUUCUAUGGAGUGGAAGGAGGCACUCCGAACAGCAGAGUCUGUAGCCAAAUUGUGUUGUUCAUGAAGAUUUUGAAGUGAAAUAUUGCUGUAUUUUUUGAUACUUUAAAUUUAUGGUAGACAUUUAGUUCAACAUAAGUUAGCAGAGUUCUGUGUUUUUUUGAAGAUGUUUACAAAUUGCCCAAGGCUGAAGAAUUUUCCUUUCAUCCUUUCCCAGUUACUAAAGUUGUGAAUGAAUUGUUUUCUUCUUGGGAAGCAGGAAAGGUCUCUCUGGAUUUGGAGUGUUGAUUCUUUGAGGUGGGGGGCGUGCAGCAGAGCUGGUUGUAUUGGAGAAGGUCAUCAACCUGCAGAAGAAGCCCCCUUGGCUUCAGGGGACAGCUUGGCUGUGGAAUUUCCACUGGAACACACACUCUCAGUGGUGCAAGAUUUAAAAUGACCUUUCCUUUUUGCUGGAAGACUCAGAGGCCAUCUGAUCACACUUUCUCAUUUUACAGAUGAGGAAAUGAGGCCCAGAAGUGUUAACCCAAUUUCCUCACAGUUCCCCCAGCUGGUUAGGGGUAGAACAAGGGCCCAGCCUCAUCCCACAUCCCCAUUCUUCUAACCCUUUCUGAGGCUAUGAUGCUUAUGCUAUAAUUUAGAAUGCCAAAUAUUUUUGCUAGCAUUUUUUUUUUUGAUUGGGAAAUUUACCAGGAUUUAAAUGUCAGACUAUUUUUAUAUGGAUCACUGUGUGUACUGAACUACAGACUGUCCUAUUUAGUCUAAUAUAAGAAGCCAUUGAUUGUAAAACACACCAAUGUUUUAUGUAACUCUAAGAAAGUAGGUGGCACAGUUGCCAGUUAACCUGUUACAAGUCACUGAUGGCUAAGACUAUUUGAAUUUGAGAUGUGAAAGGAUGAAAAAAUGUACAUGUUAGCAUUAAUGAAAUAAAGUAUUUUGAUUCUGUUCCUCAAGAGGAUUUUAUGAUUACAUAGUCAACCCUAGGUCUUCACAGAGUACCUUUCCCUUCCUAGAUCCUGGAAUAUUUAACGAGUCAAUUUUACCCUUUCACAAAUAUUUGAAUCUUCCUCUUGUCCUCCACAAACACCAGGGAAGUUAUGUAUGUUUUGCACAGCAAUUGUACACUGUGAGAAAACAGUAAAUUUUAGUUAGUGACAAGUUAAAAUAGCACUGGCACUUAAACAAUAUGUUGUACUGUCCUAUGUUACCACAAAGAGCAAAUUUUUUUCUCUCCUGCUCUAUGCAAAGCUUUCCCCCAACUAUGUAAAAGUGAAAGAAAUUCCAUUAUUUCCCCCUUUUAAUGUAAGGUGCCACUGAGUGUGAUAGUAGCUUGUCAUGACAGGAAACUUGCAUCAGUUGGGUAUCCUUUUGAGAAACUGAAAUUGGCAAAGGGUCAUUGACUUCCCCAAACUGAAACAACUCAGGAAAUUUUCCUUCAAACUCAGAACAUUUUAUUUGUAAGUAUUUUACUUAUUGUUGGCGAUUCCUCAGGGAUUUCACUCUUCUCUCUAUUUGGCCAGAGUAAUUGAUGUAAAGGUGUUUUGUGAAUUGAAAAUAAUGUUUAUUUUAUUGCUCUUUCAGUUUGCUAUGAACUAAAAUAAAGGUUCUUGGUGAUUUGGGA